AUGUCUCGUGGUUUAUUGGCCAGCGAUGAGUCCAGUAAAUUCAUCCAUCUAGAUGCUGACUUGCCAGGCGGUCACCGCCAUGUCCUCAACUCGACGACCAAGCCCUGGGGGCCCAGACCAUGGAGUAAACUGGUGCGCAAGGACUCGGAUCGGAUGCGCCAGAUGUUUUCCCGUCUCGCUUUCAAAGGUCACGACAGGGAGCCGACCCCGACGGCAAUAGAAGAAUCAUCCCCAACAAAGCGACUGGUAGCAACAACCAACGACGACGACGGGGCCCGCGAUGAGAUAUCCCAGCAGAUGGUGGAGCAGAAAUAUGGCCGACGCUGGAAGGCCAUCGGCAAGGGGGCGUACGGCACCGUCAGCAUCCACCACCGGCGACAGGACCAGACACUCUUCGCCAUCAAGGAGUUCCACCGGAGGACGGGCCAGACGACCGAGGAGACGCGCGAGCGGGCCCUGGCCGAGUUCGAAAUCGCCAGGAGCGUCGGCCGGCACGUCAACGUCGUGAGCACGUUGGAGCUGCUGCAAGAGCGUGGAGCCUUCUUCGUGGUCAUGGAGUUUUGCGCCGCGGGGACGCUGUCGUCGCUGGUCGAGGACGCCGGUCCCCUGGGCCGAGUCGAGGCCGACUGCUUCGCCAAGCAGCUGAUCCGCGGCGUAGAGCACCUGCACUCGCUGGGCAUCGCCCACUGCGACCUCAAGCCCGAGAACCUGCUGCUCACCGCCCGCGGCCUGCUCAAGAUUAGCGAUUUCGGAUGCAGCCAGUUCGUCCACGACCUCGAUGGCGACGACGAUGGCCAUGGCAAAAAGCGCCUCCUGAUGGUGGCCGGAGCUAGAGGCUCCAGGCCGUAUAUAGCCCCUGAGGAGUACACCGCCGACGAGUUCGACGGCCCGGCCGCCGAUGUUUGGGCAUGCGGCGUCAUUUACAUGUUCAUGCGGCUGUUUCGCCAUCUCUGGUACGCCGCCAUGGACAACGAUGAGUGCUACACCAGAUAUGUCCUCGGUAGGCGGUUGGAAGAGGGUUAUGCGCCGUUGGAGGCCUUGGAGACGGACGAAUGUCGCAACGUCGUCUACUCCAUGCUCGACCCUGUGCCAUCCAGGAGGCUUACUGCAUCGCAGUUCCUCAGAUCGGAGUGGGGUUGUUCUAUCCAGGUUUGUGAAGCUGGUCGUGGGUUGCAUGACAAGUAG